UCUGAAAGUUUGAGAUACUCCAGCUACCUAGAACAGUUAGAAUAGAAAUAUGGUGGCUACCAGUAAAGGUGAAGUUGAUCAGGUUGCAGAAGUAGAACCACAUUAUGAUCGACAGAGUGAACUACAAGCAUUUGAUGAAACCAAGGCUGGUGUUAAAGGGCUUGUUGAUGCUGGCAUUACCAAGGUGCCUCGGAUAUUCAUUCAACCGCAAUGUAGCUUAGAUGACGGUCUCAAUGGCACCAAAGGAAUCUUCAAAUUUCCUGUCAUCGAUCUGGAUGGUAUUGAUACAGAUCCAGCCAGGCGCAAAGAGAUAGUUGACAAGGUAAGAGAUGCAUCAGAAACAUGGGGUUUCUUUAACGUGGUAAAUCAUGGAAUUCCUUUCAGUGUCCUGGAGGAGAUGAUUCAAGGCGCGCGUAGAUUUUUCGAGCAAGAUACUGAGGUUAAGAAACAGUGGUAUACAAGGGAUUAUACAAAAACAGUGGUGUACAACUGCAACUUUGAUUUACACAUUUCACCAGCAGCCAACUGGAGGGAUACAUGUUAUUGCUACAUGGCUCCUAAUCCGCCAGCUCCAGAAGAAUUGCCUGAUGCUUGCAGUGAAAUCGUGAUAGAAUACUCAAAGCUAGUGAUGAAGUUAGGCUGCUUAUUGCUCGAAUUUCUGUCAGAGGGCCUUGGACUCAAUCUAAGCUACCUCAAAGACAUUGAUUGUGCAGAGGGGCUUGCUGUACUAUGCCAUUACUAUCCACCGUGUCCACAGCCAGAACUUACCUUAGGCACCAGCAAGCAUUCUGACAACGGCUUCAUCACAGUCCUCCUCCAAGGCAAUUUAGGUGGAGUUCAAGUACUUCAUCAAAAUCAGUGGAUUGAUGUUCCUUCUACACCUGGAGCUUUAGUGAUCAACAUCGGAGAUCUUUUGCAGCUCAUAUCCAAUGACAAGUACAAAAGUGUUGAGCAUAGAGUGACGGCAAACAAAGUCGGUCCCAGAGUAUCAGUACCAAGCCUUUUCAGUACAGGUCCAAGACCAACAGCAAAGGUUUAUGGACCUAUCAAGGAGUUGCUAUCAGCAGAAAAUCCACCCAAAUAUCGAGCAACAACAGUGAAUGAAUAUACACAAUACUUCCGGGCCAAAGGGCUUGAUGGUACUUCUGCUCUAUUGCAUUUCAAGCUCUAAACUUCUGAACAGAAACAAUAAAGGUAGCCUCCGAAUUUCUAGAGCAAGAAAUGAGUACGUCUAUAAUAAAUAUGUCUCUUCUCAGACGAUGCCCAUAUUUCGUGCUCUAGUAAGUAGUAUCUAGUGAAUAAGUUGCUGUUUGAGUGCAAAAAUAGUUCAGUGUCCAGUAGAUGUUUCGAAGUGCAUGUCAAAAUCACGGGGUUCAAUUUCUCUCUCAAUGGUACACGUCUAUUACCCUAUCCUGAUA